AGAUGCCAUAUCUUCCCAACUUUUUCGCGUUCAGAGUCACUGUUGCUCUACAUCCAAUUGUACAUAUACUUGCAGAGCUUUAGAUCAGCGACUUGGUGUCACACUCUUGCCCAUCAUGGCUCCUGCGCUUCUUGCCGCGAUUGAUCCCAGCACAUACACGCAAUCGGCGAAGGGCCUCAACUCCCAAGCACUUUCUUACGUCGGCAACGUCUUCUCACGCGUCGCAGACGACACCGUCGACCAGGCUCUCUCCCACCUACAGCAGUCCGUAGGCAGAUUCGCCAACUAUCUUGAUGUCACCAGCGUUUCUUCGACCGACGACAUCGUCUCCCUCCUCGAUGCCGGGGCUGCAAAAGUUUUCGUCACCCGAGCGCAAUUAGAUGAACUGAAGGCAAAGAAGAUUGAGCAGGACAGGCUGGUCUUGUGUCUCCCUGGAAAUGGUCGCGAAGAAAUCAUCAAUGCCAUUGCUGGCACACAAAUCAGUGUCUACGUCCACCAGGCGCAGGAUAUUGAGCUGGUCGAGGCAUGGCUCAAAGAUUAUGGAACAGACAGGCCCGAGGUCUUUAUUUCCUUCGCGAGCCCAGAGCUGGAAAGCGUCCAGCGCAUUGCUAAGCUCUCGGCCAUUCCUAUAAUCCCCGCCGAAAGUCUCACAAUUGAUGCGCAGAAGGAACCUUCAUCAAUCAGUGUCGCGAAGCUCCUCAUGGCCAAUGCGACCAGCGACCGACCGGACGGCCUCUUCACAACCCUCGUGACUGAUGAGCGAGGCAUUGCGCUUGGAUUGGUAUACAGCAGCGAAGAGAGUGUUGCAGAGAGUCUGCGGACAGGAAGAGGUGUGUACCAGAGCCGCAAGCGUGGUCUGUGGUACAAGGGCGAGAGCAGUGGCGAUAUCCAGGAGCUUGUGUCGUUGGCACUGGACUGUGACAACGACUGCCUGCAAUUCAUUGUGCGCCAACAAGGACGAGGCUUCUGCCACUUGGCCACACCCACCUGUUUUGGUCAAUACACUGGAUUGUCAAAGCUCCAAAAAACUCUCCAGAGCCGCAAAGAGUCUGCACCCGAGGGCUCAUACACGGCACGUCUGUUCAACGAUUCGCAAUUGUUGAGAGCGAAGAUUCUGGAGGAGGCGACCGAGCUCUGCGAUGCCACAACCAAGGAGCACAUUGCUUUCGAGGCAGCCGAUCUCUUCUAUUUCGCUAUGACCAAGUGCGUAGCUGCAGGAAUUUCACUCGAAGAUGUUGAACGCAACUUGGAUGCUAAGAGCAUCAAGGUGAAGAGGCGUCAAGGGGACGCGAAGCCUGCGUUUGCUGCACAGGCUGCCGCUGUAACCAACGGUACAAGCACGACAAAUAACACACAGCCCUCGAAGGAGGAAGUAAAGGAGGCUGCUUCUGUACCAAAGGCUAAGAAUGAUCCUGCUGGCAUCAAAAACGGACGUAUCGCCAUGAGGAGAUACAUUGCCGCAAACGAGACACCCGAGAAAAUCGCAUCUGUUCUGCAGCGACCAUCACAACGAUCAACCGACAAAAUCUUGGAAAUCUGCCGGCCCAUCAUAGAAGACGUCAAAACGAACGGUGACAAGGCACUGCUCGGGUACACUCAGAAGUUCGAAAAGGCGACUUCAUUGAAAUCCACCAUCCUGAAAGCUCCCUUCCCCAAGGAGCUCAUGCAGCUAGCGCCAGAGACCGCCAAGGCUAUCGACGUUUCGUUCGAGAACAUCCGCAAAUUUCACGCGGCGCAGAAAGAGGAUAAGCCGUUGACGGUCGAGACCAUGCCAGGUGUUGUGUGCUCACGCUUUGCCAGGCCGAUUGAGCGGGUCGGCCUCUACGUGCCCGGUGGCACCGCCGUUCUGCCCUCCACGGCUCUCAUGUUGGGCGUGCCUGCUAUGGUAGCUGGCUGCAAGACACUAGUUCUUGCUACCCCACCGCGUGCAAACGGUAUGGUCACUCCAGAGGUUGUCUAUGCUGCGCACAAGGUCGGUGCAUCAGCCAUUGUGCUUGCGGGUGGCGCACAAGCUGUCGCAGCCAUGGCUUACGGUACUGAGAGCGUCCCCAAGGUCGACAAGAUUCUGGGUCCUGGUAACCAAUUUGUUACUGCAGCAAAGAUGUUCGUUUCCAACGACACUAACGCUGGAGUCAGCAUUGACAUGCCUGCUGGACCCAGUGAGGUGUUGGUAGUCGCUGACAAGACGGCUAACCCGGCCUUUGUUGCGUCAGAUCUACUGAGUCAGGCAGAGCACGGUGUGGAUUCUCAGGUCAUCUUGAUUGCAGUCGGACUGAACGAGACCCAGUUGGGAGCGAUUGAGGAUGAGCUACACAAGCAGGCUAUCGCCUUGCCUCGUGUUGAUAUCGUCCGCGGUGCGAUCGAGCACUCGAUCACACUCGCAGUCGAUGACAUGCAGGAAGCUAUGAGGUUGAGCAAUGAUUAUGCGCCAGAGCAUCUUAUCCUUCAAGUCGAUGAUGCAGAGAAGGUGGUGGACCUUGUUGAAAAUGCUGGCAGUGUCUUCGUCGGCCACUGGACCCCAGAAUCCGUUGGUGACUAUAGCGCGGGUGUCAAUCACUCUCUUCCCACCUACGGAUACGCGAAGCAAUACUCUGGAGUGAACCUGGGCUCUUACAUUAAGCACAUCACUAGCGCGAAUCUCACAAAGCAGGGCCUUGAGAACGUCGGCGCUGCAGUUAUGGAGCUCGCACGCGUAGAAGAGCUUGAAGCUCACCGUCGCGCUGUGAGCCUGCGUCUGGGAGUAGCAUGAUUGAUUGUAAUGAUCAACCUUCCUUUUGGUUAAUCAUGAGACGCGCAUUGUGUAUCUGGCGAGGUCUCGUGGCUCAUUGGAGGAGUUUGCGGUGUUUAUGCUUUAGACGUGGGGAUGGGAAACGGAAACAAUCUAAGCAACCUGGAGUUGUGCAUGGGUGCAGUACGACGUAGAAUACCUUCUAACUUGUUUUAGAUGCCGCGGCUCUGCUGGGCCGAGGCGCCAAAUGAAAGACUUCCUCGACCAGCCACAUCACUGUUGUUACUACAUUUC